AUUAAGCUUUUCCCUUUUUAUUUACUAUCGGCACCAGACCUGAGCAAUUGGAGGUGUGCCUAAUGACCCCAAAUGGGCACCAUCCUUGGAGGUAGAGAAGUUUUUAUUUUUAAAGGAAGAAAUUAGCACUCACAAUUUAUUGUGAGGUAAUCAUGUCCCUGAACUAAAAAUUUGGCAUUCUUUUUGUUGCUGCAUAGAAGCAACAGUUUUCUGCCUUAGUUCAUUAUGCAUUUCCCUAAUGCUCCCAUAGGUAUUACAAGUAUGCAUCUUCACAAUCACCCUUUUUGUACCUGGGUUAGGGUUUUCAAAGACAGAAUUGCUUUUCAUUGCCCUAUUAGUAAGGUGCAAACACCAGAAUUUGUAACUUGAUAUUUGAAGUCAAAGCGUUUUUAGGUUUAGUAUAUUGGCAUUCGAUUAAAAAUGUCGAUUUCUAGAGGAGUUAAAUGGGCCUUUUUAAGGGUUUGCCCUCGGCAAAACCACGAAACUUGAUUUGCUUGGGUAUGUUUGAUAUACAAUGGUCGUCCAACUCCUGGAAAGGAGGGAGAGGGAGCACAUAUGCCGGGUUCAAACAACUAAUUUGUAUUUAGUAGACCCCUAGAAAGUAUUACCUCUGGUGGGAGAUCGCAAAAAGUUAGCUUUUGUAUGUGCAUUCAGAUUAUUUCCCAUCAACAUGACAUAAAUAAAGAAUGACCAGCGAGGGACAGGCAAAGUCGGGGACACCUCUGAAUACUGAUAAGAGCCUGCCCUCGCUGGCUACUAACCCUGUCAAUCAUUUUCUAGCUCGCCCAGUUCCUUCCAACCCCCGGUUCCCCACCCCAUCAGACCCUCAUCUUUUCAUUGGUUGCCUUCUUUUCCUUCUCUUUUCAGUUCCUUUUAAACAUUUCCGUCCCAGUUCUUCGCCUUCUUAUUGGUUGUUUUCCUUUCCCUUCUUUUCAGUUCCUUUUAAACGCUAUUUCCGUCCCAGACCUUUAUCUUCUCAUUGGUCACCUUCAUUUUCCUUUCCUCCAGUUCCUUUUAAAUGCUAUUUUCCAAGCCAAAAUUCCGCCCCCUAUACAUAGCUCGAGGUACGUAAUUGCUCUGCUCCUUUUCAGUUGGGUCAAUGACCUGUCUAUCCACUCGUGGCGUCAACGUAAGCUCCGUCGCCGCCGGCGGAGGGCCCGCCCCUUGCCGAAAGCGUCCCGAACAAUUUCAAGAUGGCGGUGGCGGAGGCGGCGCGCAAAACAAUGGAAAUAGGGCCGCGGGGGUCGGACAGGCCCUGAGGCGGGGGAUUGCGGCCUCCGCGGGGGAGACGCGUAGCGCCCAGGCCUACUGGGUCGCCGCUUCGUCUUCCGGGCGCGGCGCCUGCAUCAGGGUUAUGGUCCGACUCUGAGGACCGCCGCCGCUGCCGCCGGGAAAGAGAAGGGGAAGGAAGCAACCACAGGGGCCCGGGCCCGACUCGGGCUGCUUGGGUGAGACAGCUGAGAAGGCGCAGCCCGGCGCCCGCGGCGGCCCAUGGUGCUGCUGCCGCCCCCCUGCCCCAUGGCGGAGUUCGCGAUCCCGCGGCACAGCGCGGUCAUGGAGCGCCUCCGCCGCCGCAUCGAGCUGUGCCGGCGGCACCACAGCACCUGCGAGGCCCGCUACGAGGCUGUGUCGCCCGAGCGCUUGGAGCUGGAGCGGCAGCACACUUUCGCCUUGCACCAGCGCUGCCUGCAGGCCAAGGCCAAACGCGCCGGCAAACACCGGCAGUCUGCGCCGCCUGCCCCGGCCCCCGCUGCUGCACCGCCCGCCCCAGCCCCGGCCCCCGUGGCAGCUGUCGAGGGCUCGGACAGCAGCGCCGCGGAGCAGAGCCGCAACAGUAGCGCUCUCAUCGCGCAACUCCAUGAAUCAGUGAAAAGAAAUCGGGAUAAUGCUGGCUCCCCUCAGAAUGGAGAUCAACAAAAUGGCUAUGGAGAAAUGUUUUCUGUGCACAAGAAACCACGCCAUGAAGAUACUCUUGGGGUUAGCGUCUCUUCCAAUGGGAUGCCUCCCUUGUCUCCACUGCAUCAGCUUGACAAGUCUUCUGGAGGAGAUGCCUUACAGCCCAAUGGAAAACAUUCCCUGGGACUAGAUGCCAUCAAUAAAAAAUGUCUUCCAGAUUCUAACCUACAUUCAAAUGGCAGCAAUAAUGCAAAUGAUUCAUUUCAAAUAAAUUUGAAUAAAGAACUGAAACAAGAGCCUGUAGAUGACCUUCCUUGUAUGAUCUCUGGAGCCGGUGGUUCUAUUUCUCAAAACAAUUUAAUGCCUGACCUAAACCUUAAUGAGCAAGAGUGGAAGGAGCUCAUUGAUGAACUCAACAGAUCAGUGCCUGAUGAAGACAUGAAGGAUCUAUUUAAUGAAGAUUUUGAGGAGAAAAAGGAUACAGAGACUUCAAGUUCAGCUACACAGACCCCAUUGCCACAAGAUAUUAAUAUUAAGACUGAAUUUUCUCCAGCAACCUUUGAGCAGGAGCAGUUAGGAUCUCCACAAGUAAGGUCCACAUCUUCAGGGCAGACCUUUAUUGGGUCAUCAUCUGUAGCCGUGAGUACGACCUCUCCGGGUAUAGGUGGCUCUCAGACUGGCUUCCAGACUGCUAGUCAGCCAGGAGCUGAAAAUCCCAACCAGACCAUGAUGCAGGCAUCAAACCAGUCUCAGAAUGUACAGAGGCCUCUAGCCAGUGUAUUAUUAUCUGGUCAGGGCUCUGGAGGGAACAAAGAAAUGUCCUCAGCCCACCAACUUCAGCAAAUAGCUGCCAAGCAGAAGAGAGAUCAGAUGCUUCAAAACCAACAGCAAACUCAACAGGUUCACCAGCCAGGGCAGAUGACCAACUGGCCACAAUCUGGUCCUUCUCAUAGUCCAUUAGCUGUCCCUUACUCAGUGGAGAACCCAACCAGCCCUUCAGUUUACCAGCAAGAUUUCAAUAACCAGAAACUCAUGAUGUCCAGCAUGACCAAUAAGAGUUCUCCUAGAACAGGAGGAAAUUACCUCCAACCAAGCCAUGUAGGCCUGCUGCCUCACCAGUCAAACACUUUGAACCAGAACUCUGUGGCUGGCCAAGGGUCUCUGCUUGACUAUGGCAAUACCAAACCUCUUUCCCAUUACAAAGCUGAUUGUGGACAAGUAUCUGGCCAAAAUAAGGCACCCAUGUUAACUUAUCUGCCACAGCAGCUGCCUCAUAUGAAUGAAGAACAAAACCCAUUGUUUAUAAUGAAACCGAAGCCUGGAAAUAUUCCCUACAGGCCGCUGGUUCCUCAUAGCCAGGACCAGAACCCUUCGAACGUUCCUCGGGUCCCAGUGUCUGUGCCAGCAUCAAGUGUUGGCACCCAGCCACCAGUUGUAUCUAUGGCAAGUAGCCAUGGCACUGCCGCUUAUCUCAACACCCAACAACAAGCAGCAGCUCUGAAGCAACACCAGCUGCUGCUAGACCAGCAGAAGCAGAGAGAACAGCAACAGAAACAGUUGCAGCAACAACAACAGCAUUUCCUGAUAGGGCAGAGACAGCAGCAACUUCUGGCUGAGCAGGAGAAGCAGCGUCAGGAACAGCAAUUUCAAAGACACUUAACCAGGCCUCCGCCUCAGUACCAAGAGCAAAACCAGACCACUUACCAGCAGUUUACAGCAUCAUCAGCUGCCAUGGCUGGAGUGAAUAGCUUGGGUCCCUCCAACUCUGGUAGCCCCCGAAUGUUUCCUCAGAUUCAGAUUGGACCUGGACAUGGUUCAGUUUCCUCCAUUCCUUCAAAUCCAAGCCAGCAGGAUCGCAGUGUGGCGCAGUAUACUGGUACACAGAGCCUUCAGAGAGGAAGCCUCUACAGUGUGGCACCUGGCAUGACUCAGAUGGUCCCCCAGCACACGCCUCAGGCCUCUAAUGGGCACGCCCACAUGCCCCGGCAGCCCAGCGUGGGCCAGAGCAGUGCAGUUCCUGCUAGCUAUGGUCAGAACCCCCUGGGAAAUCCUGGGCUUCCUCCACAGCACAGUAAAGGGACCCUGAAUCCCACUUUAUCUAAGCCCUCAUUGCCCAGAGUGCCAACAGCUGUGGGAGCCCCAAAUCCCUCUUGGCAGCACCAAGGUGUGCCCAGCAUGAACAGUCAGCCACAGGGGAACAGCAGUGGGAGCCCUUUCCCAGCCACCUCCACUUUCCACAUGCAGCAGCCCCAUCUGAAGAUGACUAGCCAGCAGUUUCCCCAAGGAGGGCCUCAGGUGAACCUCAGUGCCAGCCGACCAAUGACAUCCAUCAGCUCUGCCGUGUCCGGGCAGAUGAUGACAUCCAUGAGCACACAGCAGAGGACGAGUGCAUCUGCCCAGCAACAGGUGCCCUCUCAGCAAGUCCUGCCUGGGAUGAACCCAGCUGUCCCAGACCUGACUGCAUUCAACCAAAACCCAAGCCAGCAGCUGGCAAACCGAGCCAGUCUGCACUGUGGGCAGAGCUACCAGGUGAGGACAGCAAACCAGGAGCUACCUUUUACCUACAGUGCUCCACCAGGCAACAGUGGAUUACAGAAUCUUACUGGUGACACAGAUCUGAUAGAUUCUUUGCUGAAAAAUAGGACUUCAGAAGAGUGGAUAAAUGAUUUGGAUGAAUUGUUAGGAACACAUUAACGUGGAGUUCAGGGUAUCCUGUUUUUGCUACAACUUACAUUUUGGUUCUUAACAUCAAGAACUAUCGGACCAAAAGCCUGUGGCAUUGAGGAGCUUUGAAAGUGUCUUGGAAACGGCCAGGAAAUGGACCUCUGUUGCUUCCCGUUGAGCUUGAACACCCUGUUCUGAUGGCAGCUGAGGUCUGCAUGUCAUAGGGACACUGCAUGUGGGAAGAAGUUGCACAUUCAGACAGGUGGGGCCCGUCGAAGUGGGCUUCUUCUGUUAGUGCUGUCACAUGAUGGGGAGAAAAACAGCUUUUUAAAAUGUACAUUUAUAUUGAAAAGACCAAAAAUGUAGUAUUGGACUGGAGGUGGGGGGGAAAUCAGUGCCAUUUUGUUGAUGAAACCCAGUUUCCCCUUCCAUUUUCCAUAUUUUUAGAUGCUUUGUUUUUUUGUUUUUUUUAAACGGUUUUGUAGCCAGACUUUAUGCAAUUUGUUUCAUAAAGAUGAUAAAAAUACAUUUUGUCAAAUGCUAGGUUAGGUCAAUUGUGAUAAUAGCAAAUCUGGAGACUUGUCAUCCUAUAGUUUAUGGCAGACCUUUUAUUUCCAUUUUUAGAAGCAAGGGGAAUGGGGUACAUGUAAGAGAGGUGCAUGUAUUUUCCCUUGAUCCACAACAUCUCCAAAUCCACCUCAUUUCUCCUCAUUUCUGGCUAAGACUGGUACAUUUACACACCUGAUGGUGGGAGGUUUCUGCUCAUUGUUGAGAUGAAAAGGAAGAACUAAUGUCAAACUCCUGAUAGGUUGCUGUUGGACUUCCUUGUGGCCACCACCUUCCAUAGUUAGAUGUUGUUGCCAAUAACCACUCUUGAAGGACACUGAGCCCUUCUCUCACUUGUUUAAAGAGAGACUUUCUUUUGAGAGAGAAAAAAGGUUUUUUGUUUUGUUUUGUUUUUGCUUGUCUUUUGUUGUUACUGUUGUUUUUUAAGGCUUGCCCCAUCCCUGUCUAUUCCCAACCCCCUCCCGAAAGGGAGCUCCUUUGCUUUAGGUGAUGGAUUCUAUGGGGUUAGGUAGAAUUCUUGUGACAGAGCCCAGAAAGGAAGCUUUGGGGCCCAAGAAGAUCAAGGCAGAAAACUCUUUACCUAGUAUCAUAAAAGCUGAGGGAAGUCAAAAUAACAGCUGCUUAUGCAAUGGAAAUAGAUUUUUGGUUUGUGUUUUGCUCUUCUCUUGUCAUUAAAAGUCUCCCUUAAAACACUUCUUGGCUGGAGUGACUGAGGAUCUACCUGUCCCCAAGAAAAUUUCAAUUUCUUUUGCAACAAAUGCUGCCUAAGGAGUAGCAUGAGCUUAGUGGAAAUCACCAAAGUGAUCUGUGAGGGUUUGGUUCAUUCAGGGUAAAAGAAACAGUGAUAGGAUGGGGGGGGGGGGAUUUCUAAGUUCUUGUGUAUUAUCAGAACCUCCCUCCUUUAAUCCCCUUGAAAAAAAUGUUUAAUUAAACAUUUAAUCAUUUUUUAAUUUCCCAAGAGCUACAAACUUUCACCCCUAAAAGUGGAUGAUCUUUUGGGUAAAUAUUCACAUUGGAAUUCCAAACUCUUGGAAGUGCCCUGGCCCAAAUGCACAGCUCUAAGGACCAGGAGGAAGGGUGCCUCCCCGCCCCCAAAUGGCCUGGGACCAGAGGAGAAUACAAAGAAAGGCUAGUUUGGGAGCCAUAUACAUGGAAGGAAUACAGACGUUAUCAGACAUUUGUAUUUUAUUGCUGUAUCUACAGUUCCUUUUAUCAGACAACUUGCACUUUAAAAAAACCAACCUGCUUUUUAUUAACACUAAUAUUUUCUUUAACCCUUUCUAUAUAUGCAUAUGAAUUUUUCUUUUUAAGUCCCACAAACAUGCAUUGGGUAGAUUGCAGUGACUUCAAGUCCUGUUCAACAGAUUUUUGGUUGUUGCCUGAUGGGGCAAAUUAAUGGAAAUGUCUAAUGAAGGUGGAUGCCUCCCUACCACCACAUCCAGGUAUUAACAGCAGGCCUUCCCAGCUGCUCCGUGUGGCCCCUUUCAUUGGUUUAGAAAACAGCAGUGGCGCGUUGGGGAUUAAAUGGAGAGUCAGAGAAUGUGGCAUUUCCGAAGGUCAUCCCGAGUUUAAGCCUAAUCUUUGUUUCUCUGGGCUCCGGCAGCAUUAUUGUUUCUGUUAACUCCAACAGAUGUGGUUGAAGGUCAUGGCAUUCAAAGGAAAACUUUCCCAUAGAAAAAUCACUGUCAUUUUCCAGGACAGGCUUUAGAAGGAAAGACUGUCGUAGCAUGGAAAUGUGGUGGAAACGGUUACACCACCAGUGCCUUUGUCUUGUUAGGGAUGCUUGGGACCUCAAAAAUUCCGCAAUAGCCAUGACCCUCCAGAGGGGAGAUUCCCCAUCUUCCCUUUGAAAUGCCCUACAUGGGGGAGGAGCUGGAAGAUCCAGACCCUCCCUCCCUGCUUUUCAGUCCCCUGAAUUCUUCAGAAAUUAAAUUUGGCUCUUGAAUGCCAAAUAAGCCAGAAGAGCCAAGCGGCUCUCCCCACCCCACCCCCAGUUUGUUAUUUUCAUAAACUGAAAGGCUAGGUUAGCUGCUUUGGCCCCUUUACUACCAAAAAUAGAGCAGUCCGUGUCUGUGGCUGUCUCGGGCAUUGGCUGGAGCCGCACAGCUCGUGCCCUCUCUCCUUUGGCGGAAGGGCCUCCGUUUGGGGGAGGGGCAGCGCUGCUGUCCGGCUAGCUCGUCCGUUGCCUCGGUUCUUAGACAUGUGGCUCUUUAGAUAUGCAGUCAGGCUUCUUGUUUGCUGCAGCCUCAUAGCAAUAAGAUGCAACUCCUGGGGCCCCCCAGGGAACUGCCCAUGGCUUUAUUUAUGAACUCUCAUCAGGAGCAGGUAAGGAGAAGUAACAUCCUUACCUGCCACAAAUCAAGACUCAAAUAAAACGGUGCUUAGACUUUUGUUAUACACAUUUCCUUUGUGUAAAUAAAUGUUUACAGUUUUAUAUUGAAGAUGGAAUAAGAGUUAGAUCUUUUGACUGUAUAUUUUUUACUUUUUAUAGAUUUUAAAACUGUAUAAUUCUUUAUAUAUGUGUUGGGGGGAGGCAGGGAGUAUGGGAAGUUUUAUGCCUGUAAAUGAACAGUCAAAAUUGAUGCUAACCUUUUAUGCCCUGUUUUUGUAUAAAGAUCCUAUUAAUCCCCUGAUUCUCCCACUUCACUUAACUCUGGCACACACCAAAAAGAGAACCUUCACUUUCCUGUUUUAUCAUUAUAUGAAAUAAUAAAGUAUUUUACUAGUAUGAAAA